AACAGUAGGUGAAAAAAAAAACACCAUUUAUAUAUAAUAGUGCAUCUUUUUCAAACUAAGUGUGAAAAAAUGGAGACGAAAGAGAAAGAAAACACAGAGCUGGAGGUGAAAAGACCAUCUCCAACACUCGAUCAUGACGAUGAUGAAGCUGAGAUCAACUACAGAGGCCUCAAAGUGAUGCCUUUCAUCAUCGGAAAUGAAACCUUCGAAAAAUUGGGAGCAAUCGGCACGCUGUCGAAUCUCCAAGUGUAUCUAACCACAGUCUUCAACAUGAAACGCAUCUCCGCAACUUCAGUUGUCAACAUCUUCAACGGCACCACCAACCUCGCCACCUUGCUCGGAGCUUACCUCAGCGACACCUACCUCGGUCGCUACAAGACCCUCGGAUAUGGCUCCGUCGCCUCCUUGCUUGGCUUGUUGGUGGUGAGUCUCACGGCGGUGUUCCGGAACCUCCACCCGCCGCACUGCGACAACCCCGGUGGUAGCUGUGUGGGGGCGGAUGCCGGGCAGAUGGCGUUCCUAGUGCUGGGCUUCAGCCUGAUGGUGGUAGGAGCCGGCGGCAUUAGGCCGUGCAACCUGGCGUUCGGCGCGGAUCAGUUCAAUCCCAAGACGGAGUCCGGGAAGAGGGGGAUCGACAGCUUCUUCAACUGGUAUUACUUCACGGUGACGUUCGCGGAGAUAGUGUCGGUGACGCUCGUCGUGUACGUGCAGUCCAACGUGAGCUGGUCGAUCGGGCUCGCCAUCCCGGCCAUCUUCAUGUUCGUCUCGUGUUUCCUCUAUUUCGUGGCCUCCAAGAUGUAUGUGAAGGUGCUGCCGGAGGGGAGCCCCCUCGCCAGUUUGGCUCAGGUGGCCGUGGCCGCCGCCAGGAAGAGGCGCCUGAGCUCGCCGGAGCAGCCGUGGAUCAGCUUGUUCAGCUAUACGCCGCCUAAGUCUCUCAAUACCAAGCUGCCCUACACUGAUCAGUUCAGAUUCCUGGACAAAGCUGCAAUCAUAAGUGCAGAUGACAAGAUAAACCCAGAAGGGUCGGCUGCAAUGCCAUGGCGGCUGUGCAGCAUGCAGCAAGUGGAAGAAGCCAAAUGCAUCCUCCGCGUCAUCCCGGUGUCCCUCACCGCCGUGCUCUACCACAUCGGCGCCCAGCAGCAAUACGUGGUCUUCCAAGCCCUCCAAUCGGACCGCCGCCUCGGCACCACCUCCUUCGAGAUCCCCGCCGCCUCCUACGUCAUCUUCGCCAUGCUCACCAUCACCCUCUGGGUUCCCCUCUACGACCGCCUCCUCAAAAACCGCGCCCGCAUCACCGUCCUUCAGAGAAUAGGCAUCGGCCUCUUCAUCACAAUCAUCGAGUCCCUCGUCGGGGCAUUGGUGGAGCGGCGCCGGCGGGAGGCUGCGCUGAGCGGCGCGUCGCCCAUGUCGGCGAUGUGGCUGGUGCCGCAGCUAGCGCUGGGGGGCUUGGCGGAGGCGUUCAACGCGAUCGGGCAGCUGGAGUUCUACUACAAGCAGUUCCCGGAGAAUAUGCGGAGCAUCGCCGGGGCGUUUUUCUUCUUGGGAAGCGCCGCCUCCAACUACGCCUACAGCUUUCUCAUAUCGACGGUGCAUAGGAUGACGGCCGGGGAUGCCACGGGGAACUGGCUGCCGGAGGAUCUCAACGAGGGCAGGCUCGAUUACUUCUACUACCUGGUUGCCGUGCUCUGCGCUCUCAAUUUCUGUUACUUUCUCGUCUGCGCCACCUGGUAUAGGUACAAGGGCGCUGCAGAUGGCGCCGCCGCCGAGAUGGAGACCAAGAAACUCGAUCAUCAUUCUGCGUGAUAACCUCCUACUAGGAUGUCAUCUUUGAUGAAUCUUUAAAAUGUCUUGGAAUUCGUGUCGUGAUAGAGCCAAGGAUCAUCUAUCUACUCUGACUUCGCCGAUCAAUAGAGAGAGGGAGAUGUAAUCGUACUAGAUGAGAUGCAUGCAGUAAUUCAGAUCUUCUAUGUCGAUUUUUCAUUUUUGAGAUUUCAUGAAACAAAAUCGAUCUUGGCAUUUUCUUGAAUAUAACCACUAACAAAUCUCACUCAA